AUGGAAAGAACCGCCAGGGAUGCGGUCGCUGCACUUGAAAGGAUUGAUGACAUAGUGCUAGAAGAGAUUGAGGACAACGUGCAUGGGAUGCUCUCUAGGUUCCGUAGCAAACCGCGUAAAGUGUCACUUUUCAGCCAUUUUUUUAAUCGUUAUCGUCUCUCUCCGCUACCUCUGCAAAACACAGAGGACCUGACGAUAUCUCAUGGCACCAUCGAUAAUGACACGCCGUUGGGAGGACGCUAUGCAGGACCGCAAUGGCUGGCAUGUCGACAUCUUGAACUUCUGUUCGUCAACGUCCCUUCGACCAUCUUCGUGGAUGUAUUCCCCAACCUCGUGCACUGGCGGUGCUCUGUGGCCCAGGUUUCCUGGCCAUCCACAAGCGCUGUGCUCAGUUCGCAAAACUCCUGGCCGUUCGUCAUAUGGCUCUGGACCUCACAGGGAUCACCUUCAUGCGACCCGAAGUGGGUGUUGAAUCCGCAUGCACUUCUGUGGCGGGAGCUUGUCGAGUUGUCCCCGCGGCUUAAGUAUUUCAUUUUGAAGUUGGACGCAAAAGCGAAUAUCUUGAGGUGGCUGACUACCGUCCGUGUCUUUGUUCCACGUGAGGAGAAGAAACAGUCCCAAAUCUUGCUGCGAGACACACUAGCUGAAUCUAUGUCCUCAUUGCAUUACAUUGCGGUCAGUUGCCUGGCCUGGGUGAUGGAGAUGCCGCGGGAAGUUGGCGACGCAAUAUGGCGUGCUGCCGCGUGA